CACGACGCCUGAGGCUGGUUGCGGUUUCCCUGUGUAUGCUCUCAGACAUUUGUUCAUCAUCCCAUCAUCCGCCGAUACCACCCGCCGUUUUGCUCGACCCAAGCGAGCCCCUUCGACCACCACCAUCAUCAUCAUCAUUAUCCAUGGCUACCGUGGUCAUGGCCAUGGGCGAGCAGUAUACAGGAGUCAAGCGUUCCUUUCACCAGAUGCUGGACCACGUCGACACCAAUCUCUCCUUCGACGACAUGUCCGUACCCUACCACGCCAUGUCUCGAGCGGGAUACUACACGACACCGCCGCCGACGGGGCACCACCAGCAUACACUGUUCAGCAGCAACCCGUAUGAAACCUCGUCUCCGAACGUCGGCUACGUCGAGGAUGGAUAUCUGCCGCCGGACCACACCAUGUACACCUUCACGGGCACUCCCAACCGCUCCAUAUCCGAAAGCUUUCCACACACUGCGAAUGAGUCGUUUGGCAGCGCGAGCAGUGCAGCUUCGUCUUGCAAUGAGCCAUCAACACCUCCCCCUCGAGUGUUUGGGCCUCUGAUGGCGAAGUAUCCUGCUGUACCCAUUACCCCCAGCCAUGCACAGCCCCGACAAAAGGCCAAACGUACGGCAACAGCAUGUGAAGAAUGUCGUAAGCGAAAACAAAAAUGCGACGGCAAAGCUGCCUGCCAAUCCUGCAAAGAGCAAAAGCUCCCUUGCAAGUACCGUGAAGUGCAACCCACCAAAAAAGACAACUCGAUGGAACGACUCGCCAGUCUCGUCGAAUCGUUUGGCAAGUCGAUGGAAGAACUCAACCACCGUUUAGACGUGAUGAAUUCGACUUUACACCGUAUGGAAAAGCGACUGACGCGCUGCUGGCAUUGUGCCGGGACGGUGGACUUGGAAACGGGCGAUUGCCUCGACUGCAACCAAGCUUCUUCUUGUCGAAUGAUGAAUCCCAUGUGAACAACGAUAUAAUAUGAUAUCCAGAAAUGUGUGUGUUUUGCUCGAUCGAUUCUUAUUUGUUUGACUUUUCUCUCUCUCUCUCUCUCUCUCUCAACAACCAACCACUCGCAAUAACGAAGACACGCCAUUCUCCCUUCCCUCCCAAAAAAAAAACAAAACUCAUGGCAAGGGUCGAAAAGAAAGAAAAUAAGACGUAUCAAACUGGUCUCUUACAUAUAUAUACCUAUAUAUGUAAAUCCACGGAAAGAAAUGGAAUGAGCACAAAAAAAAAAGAAAGGACAAAAGACAAAAGAAGAAGAAAAAAAGACUCUUAUUGUCUUCUGAUGAUCUAUCUCACCUACGGGGGGAAGUAGGGGGUUUCUUUUUCUAUUUUUUUCUUCCAAAAAAGCAAUUGGCGUAAUAACUGAUUCUGAUCCUUUUUUGUAUUCGUAUUGAAUUGGAACGGAAACGGAACGCGGAAUGGAAAACGGAUGUGAAUGAAUGAUACGAAAAAAAAACUGUUCCCAGUCAGUUUUUU